GCUACCGUUACUGUGGGGGUUUCCAUUGGUGUCAGAAAUCACGUUUCCUAGAUAUCAAUGACGUCACACCUGUGCUCCAACUUUGAAACAAAUGCACGCCAAUCUUACAAAUCUUGUUUUGCUGUUUUUUUUAACCCGCGUUUCAAAGACCUGCCCAGCCAUUUCUAAAGUGAGAUAUGGACAUAUAUGAAUUGCUGUAAAAUAACCUACAACUUUUUCCGAGGGCCUAUAAACAAAUCUAGGUGAGCGAGCGCAGUGACGUCACCCAUAUGAAAUCGUUCACUUUAAAGACACAUAAAUAACGUUUACAUCAGCCGUGGCUCACUCGUCGUCCGGUCUUUGCUAUUUCUCCUUAAUAUGGUUGGUAUGCUGUUUAUUUCACCUCAUUCUCAAAUAUUUACGCUCAUAGUUGAGCGUAAACAGGUGUUUAACAAGGGGCAGUUUAGCUAGCGCUAGCUACAUUACAGUAUUUGGAAGUAAAGCGUUGGACGGCACUAAAUGCCUGAGAGCCAGAUGCAGUUAUCAAAAGAACCAUGUGUGGCUCUCGGGCCAUAGGUUCCCUGCCUUUGUACAGUACUUUGUAGCUGUUCUGUUCAACGACAGCAGUUGCCUGGAAACACAAGAACACAAAUGUUUGGCAAAUGAGUUUGCAACACUGACCCCUUGAACUUUGGCGGCUAUCAUUAAAGCAGUACAUCACAUUGCAGAAGCAUGCCUAAGGAGAAGAAAGGCAAAAAAAGUAAAGCCAAGAUAUUCGACUUGGAAAUGGCCCAGAAGUGUGUCCAGCUGACACCCGAUGGCAAACAGCGCCUCAAUCUCAGUUUCAAGGAGUUCUCGAUAGUGCCGUCUUGCAUCGAUAAGGUCUGCCAAAUCGAUGAAUUGAACCUGAGCCGGAACCUGAUUAGGAGGCUUCCUGACUUUAUUACUGUUUUCAUCAAAAUCCAAAUUUUGGACCUGCACAGCAACUAUCUAGAGGUGCUCCCUCCGUCUAUCGGCCAACUGAAAAACCUUGUUUUUUUAAAUUGCUGCAACAACCGUCUAACACACGUCCCCAAGGAGCUCGGCCAGCUGCAGAAUCUCCAAACGCUCCACCUGGGCCUCAACCUGCUUCAAACACUUCCCACCACUAUUGGUGAAUUGAAGGAGCUCACCUACAUCGGUCUCUCUGACAACAAAUUCACUCGCGUCCCCAAGUGCCUCGGGGGGCUGCAAAAUCUGAAGAAAGCCAACCUGGACAGGAAUCCCAUUAUCCCGCCCACACCCGCUGUGCCACCACCUAAGCCCCCGAAGAUGUUUUAUCUGGUCAAGGCGUGCAACCUAUGUGAGGACUGCCUGGAUACGUGUCAAACAGAUAAGAUGAAGCUCGUGGAGGCAUUCAACAGGCCUCCUAUAGUGAUUCCAACACGUCCGGAAACCGUUCCCUAAGAGCUUGCUGGUAG